AUGUCCAUCGAAGAAAUCCCCCAAGGCGCCGACGUCAACGUCAUCUCCAAGAACGAGAAGAAGGCCAGAGACUUGAUCAAGAAGCUCGGCUUGAAGCAAAUCAAGGGUAUUUCCAGAGUCACCUUCAAGCAAAGAGGUAACAUCAUCUACGCCAUCAACGAGCCAGAUGUGUACAAGUCGCCAGCUGGCACUUACGUUGUGUUCGGUGAGGCCAAGGUUGACGACAUGAACCAGAGACUCGCUGAGGCUCAGGCUGCCCAACAGGCUGCUCAAGAGGCUUCUGCUUCUGGUGCUGCUGCUGCUGCCGCUGAGGGUGCUUCUGCUGAGGACAAGAGCCCUGAGUCUAUUACUGCUGACUUGGAGAAGGCUGCUUUGAACGGCGGCGCUGCUGAGGAGGAGCUCGGUGAGGUUGACGAGACCGGAUUGGACGCCAACGACAUUGGCAUCAUUGUGGAGCAGACCCAGGUCUCCAGAGGUAAGGCUGCUGCUGCUUUGAGAAAGCACAAGGGUGACAUGGUCAACGCCAUCAUGGAGUUGUCUUAG